GGCCAUUCUAUAGUUUGCAAAAAUCCCCAUUAAUAUACGUCGAUCGUAAGUCAAUAUCGAUUCAGUAUAUAUAAAGAACAGGUUCUUCAUUUUCCAAUAUUUUAAAAUCGGAUAGAAGCACAAGUAUACAUUCAACAUGGCGGAUUGUGAGCGAAGUAUGAGCAAACUCUCCCUGGUGUCUCAGAUGAGUCAGAUGGUCGCAGACACACCGAAGAAGGAUCUAACAGAGGUUAAAUCCUUUGCAAAGCCGCCCCAAGCAAUCAAAGAUGUUCUGAGCGCAUGUCUCUUGCUUCUUGGAGACUGUGAAAAGAUUAGUGGAGAUACAUGGAUCCAGGCUAGGAAAGCGAUGGGCGCCAGUGAGUGGCUAAAGAGGAUUCAGGGGCUGGACCCUGACGAAGUUCCUGACAAAAAGAAGAAAAUGGCGCUGGAAAUAUUGUCAAAAUACGACCUUGAUUCCGUCAAGGCAAAAAGUCUAGCAAUAGCAUCUUUGUAUAACUGGGCAAAGGCUGUUGCAGAGUGCUGAGAAAACCAGACAUCUAUGCGCACGGAAGAGAGAAGAUAUGUGCAUUCGAAACUCCUCAGCCAUUUCCAUCAUAAAGAACCCCGGAUGUAAAUGUAAUUGUAAGGUUAACAAUGUCGGAAAUCUUUACAUUGAACUUCACUGCAAGUAGAUCUCGUAGUGUAUCCUUGCAUAAAAAAUAAGAUUUUCAAGUGAAAAGUCAUUAAUUUACCUGCUAAAUUGAAAUUACUCUAGGCGAUCUUUUUGUACUUGCAGCGUAGUUAAAUGUAAAGAUCUUUGACAUUGUAAUCCGUCCAUAUACAUCCGGGGUUGUUUUCGAUGGAAAAUGGCCGAGUUGUUCCGAAUGGUGCACAUUGAAGAGACAAAUAAUGUGCCACAGAAAAGCGAAUGUGAUAAAAAAUAAAAUCAUGAAAAUGUGAAGCGUGACUUACGAGCUGUAGAAACAUCGACAUUCGGAACUCCUCGGCCAUUUUUUUUCCAAAAACAACCUCGGAUGUAUGCCGGUACAUCAGUUAAAGUAGUUCGUAUUUUUUUUAAUUAAAUCAUUUUAGUAAUGUAGUGUUUUAUAAUUGUAUUUAUUUAUAUAAGUUUAAACUGAUUGCCAUUGAAGUAUAUUAUUGCAAACAUAAUUCAGAUUUCCAAGAGUAAAGUCAUAAAGUUUAACUGCUAAAUAAAAUCACUACGCGAUUUACUUGCAGCGCACUUAAACGUACCUCUUUUUGAGUAUGUAAACCGUCUAAAUACAUCCGAGGUUGAAUAAGAAAUAAAUCAUUAGAAGUCUAUGACUGUACACUUUUGUGCAUGACAUGUCGAAAAAUUGUGCUCGUGUCUUGUCCAAGUCGUAUAACGCAAUAUGAAUGUAAACUUCAAGCAUCUAAUGAUCUUGACUAUGAGGUCACUAUGAGGUCACGCAAAGUUUAAUAGCCGGGUAUUUUGACUCAUCUCGCAUUUCCGGGAACAGUCACAGUUUUGGUCGCGGGGAAUUUCACCAAAAAAUAAAAUGAGAUUGUUCCUGUUUUGUAUUCUAAUGAAAACUUAUGUUUAUCUAGUAUAACAACUUAAAUUUAUGUGACAGAUGCGAUAAGGUUAGAGACACGGCUUAGUUAGUAUUUGUAAUCAAGAAUAUUUUUUUUUAAUGGUAACCUUGAACAACUUUCACCAAAACUAGUAAUAUUCCAGUAUAUUGACUUGAUAUUUUACUUAAUAAAUUGAAUGACACUGUUUAA